UAAAUUAUAAUUUUUUUUUUAUUUGUUAGUAAAAGCUUUUUUUUAAAUGACUGAACAUUUUUAAGCAUUGAGUUCUAGAUAUUUUAUUAAAUGUAUUGUUAAAAACAUUUUGAAAUGCCACGACCUGUGAAGACUGAAAGGCCUGUCACAACAGAACCUGUUAGUGAGCCUAUUCAAGGCACGACAAUUGUUGUGUUACACCCUGGCUCAAUGACUCUUCGACUUGGACGUGCCACAGAUCAUUUUCCUCAAUCUUUACCUCAUGUUAUUGCUAGAAAGAUCAGAAAUGUAGUUAAAACGGAGCCUAGCUGUAAUUUUUUGUCACGUAAUGGAACACUUGGUAAAAUUAGUGAAGAGACACAUCUUAAAGGUUUUCAAGCAACUAAGAGCUUCAUCAAUACUAUGAGAAUUAGUGGAGGUUUAAGAAAACACAAGACAACAUCUUCUGAGGUUGCAGCUUAUAAUGCGCAAGUAGUACCAGUUGAAACUGAAAAUGAUGGAUCUGUAUCAUGGACUGAUACAAAUGAUGACAGCUUUGAUUCACUUAUUGGUGAACAGGUAUUAAAACUUCCUCCUAAUUCGCCAUACAGUUGUAGAUGGCCUAUGAGAUUUGGAGAGCUUAACACUCAUAGUGGUAUUGGUGGUUCAAUCUCAUCUAUUUUAACGGAUCUUGAAACAUUAUGGGGAAAAGCCAUUGAGAAGUAUUUGGAUAUUCCAUUAAAAGAUCUGUCUUAUUAUCGUGCUGUUUUAUUGUUACCAGAUAUGAUGAACAAAAGUCAUGCUAAAUUGCUUAUUGAUGUUAUUCUCAAUCGCCUAAAGUUUUCGUGCAUACUUGUACACCAGGAAUCUGUGUGUGGCACAUUUGGUAGUGGUUUACCUUCUGCAUGUGUUGUUGAUGUUGGAGCUGAAAAAACUACUAUAUGUUGUGUUGAAGAUGGAAUAUCGGUUUCUAGCUCAAGAAUUCAGUUAAACUAUGGUGGAAAUGACAUAACUAGAACAUUCUACUGGCUUUUAAAAUCUAUAAAUUUUCCUUACAAAUCGCUUGAUGUAAACAACAUGUUUGAUCUGCAGUUACUUCAAGAACUUAAAGAAACAUUUUGUCAUCUUUCUUUAGCACUUCCAUCAGGUCAGGUUCAUGAGUUUCAAGUAGUUACUCCUGACAAAAACAUACAAACCUACAAGCUAAGACUUGGAGAUGAACCUUUAAUUGCUCCAGUUGGUAUGUUCAUUCCAUCGCUUUUUGGUAUUACUAGUAGUAGAUUAAUUGAGACCUAUUCAGAUGUUGAUCAUGAUCCUGAGGAUUUAAUGGAUGAUAGAUAUCUUUUAGAGAAAAGAGAUAUUGAUGCAAAGAAAUCAAAAAUUGAUGGUGAGGAAAUUCAAGAGUGCAUAACACCUCCACCAUGUUUGCCGAAAGAGCAUUUGCGUUUAGAUCCCAUUAGAGAUCAAGGCAUGCCUUUGGAUGAAGCCAUUAUGUACUCUAUUGAAAGUUGCAGCAACUUAGAAACAAAACGAAAGAUGUAUGGAACCGUACUUUUAAUAGGAGGGGGUUUGAGUUUCAAAGGAGCCGAUGAAUUUCUUUUGAAACGCCUACAAGCUCAGCUCCCUGCUCAUUAUCAAUUUGUUAAGGACCAAAUGGAAGUAAUUGCUAGACCAAAGGAAAGUGAUCCACGAAAUACCUGUUGGAAAGGUGGAGCUGUAUUGAGUAUUUUGGACAGUGCACAAGAGCUAUGGAUAUCUAGAAACGAAUGGAACAAAUACGGUGUUAGAAUCGUUAGAGAACGCUGCGGAUUUCAGUGGAGUUCAAAUAUGGACAAGUUGUAGAGAGAAUAAUCUGGAGCAAUUAAUCAAUUAUCGCUCAUUUGUGAAUUGCUUAGUCUUAAAAAAAAUGAAUGUUGCUUUAGAAAAGGGAAGCUGUUAUUUUAAUAAAACGUUAGAGACGUUUUUUUACUUGUAAGACGAAGUUCUGUAAAUAUCAAUGAGUUUGAUGAACUUGCUAGAAACAAAUGAUACGCCUCUCUAAAAAAAUUUAAAACUGAAGAAGUACCAACGCUUAAUAAAUAAAAAAUGUGUUUUAAAAGAUAUGCUUUUAUAAAAACAUUUUGAAGAAUAAAAACCACGUACAAAAAUAACAUUGAGUCAUUAAUUGACGUGAAUAAUAGAACGAAUUUGUAGCAGUUUAAAAAGAUAAAUUUUUAAGCAAAAGUGACGUUUUUUACAUUAAAGGAAUACAGAAGUAAGAGCUUUUGAAGUUCUAUUUUGUAUGUUAGUAUUAUUCGACAUUUUUGGGUUUGUUAUGAAAUUAUGAAACUGUUUUGUGCUUAGAAAUGAAACAAUAUUUUACUAGA